AUGGACGACGAAGACGGAAUCAUGUUACAAGCUAUGUCAACAGCUAUCGCGGCAUGCACGAUGGAAGUUGACGAUACAGAGUUUGCCCAACAGCCGCAACAAAAGUUCAUUCGGCCAGUACACGGGUACAUGGAUUUCCUCGACAUUCAAGAAGAGCUCCCGCACGGGGGCGACGUGCUGUACCUCGAGCAGUUCCGGGUGUCAAAAGAUGCCGUCGGGUUGAUUGUUCAGCUUUCGAAGCCCCACCUGCCGGCGACUUUGGAUGCACGGAUUGUCCUGCUGGUUACACUACAAUGGCUCGCAAGCGGCGUGUCGGUGCGGAGUCAAGAGCAGUUGUUCCAAGACCACAACCACGUUACGCUGGCCUACUAUCGACAGCUUGGUGUACGCGCAAUCACCAAAGGCUUGGUUGACGGUGGAUUCUAUGGUUCGGAUCCGCAUGAACCCGACCGCGUGCGCUCCAGCUGUGAAGCAUUUCGUCAAGAGCAUCCAACCUUCAACAAGUGUCUUGGUGCUUUGGAUGGUACCCACAUCCCCAUCGUGGUGUCUGCGGAGAUGCAAGAUCGAUUACGAAAUCGCAAGGGCCACACAUCGACGAACGUAUUGGGUGUCGUCGACGAGUUGGGAAGAUUUGUGGCUGUCUUUGCGGGUGGUGAAGGCUGCUCAUCCGACAGCUUUAUAUACAGCCAGACGGAGUUUGAAAGAAGCGUCCCAAGCGGUUACUUUUACCUUGGUGAUGCUGGCUACCGUUUGUCCAAGGUGCUGCUGACGCCGUACAGAAACCAACGUUAUCAUCUCCGCGAGUGGGCAGCGAAUACGGACGGCCGACCCAAGACUGCCAAGGAAUGUUUCAACUACAGGCACUCCAAGGCCCGCAUUGUCGUGGAACGUGCGUUUGGCAUGCUGAAGAUCAAGUGGAAAGUACUCUCAAGCAACUUGCGGUUGCAGCUUGAAUACUCGAUUGAUGUGAUUCAUGUUUGCGCUGCAUUACACAAUUUAUGUAUUGCCUGCAAUCCAUCGCACAUGGAUGACAUUUCGGACCUUGUGAUGCGGUCGAACCAAGAUGACGACUUUGAUUUGCAUCAAGACGCACUCCAAACAAUGAACCACCCACAAGAAAGGUGGAGGGAGGCAAUUGCGAACACAAUGUGGGAAGCUUACGUAGAGUACCUAGAUGAGCUAGAAUUCUAA